AUGCAUUUUCAGCUGAAUGGUAUGCAAUAUGAUAUGGGUGAUAUGCAAGAAUGGUCGACAGAUAUGAUAACUCCAAUUACAAGUCUAUUAAAAUUUGGAGCAAAAAUUUCAAAUAGACUUAACAGAGCUUGCAGGUAAUUUUUUGAAAUUGUUUUUUUGGUAGAUUUGAAAUAGAUAUCAAAAUCUAAUUUUAUUUUUAUUAUCUCCAGAGACAAAAAAAUAAAAAGGUGUUGGAAUUAAAAUAACAAUUUUUGCCUACGUUUUCAGCAGGUGAAAAAGUUAUACAGCAGAUCAGAAGUGUUUUAUUAUUAUUUUUUGUUUAACUUUUUGAUUUUUUCAGAAGAAAUGAUGAAUAUCAUGUGUGUUUGAAGAGGUGUCCAGAUGGAAAAGCAAAAGAAAUUCUGAUAACUGGUCAAAAUGUUUGGAUGAAUCUAUGUGAACAUUAUAAAAAUGAUACUGGUGAGUGCAUCUGACAAUACAACAACAAAAAAUAGAAAAAAAAUGAUAUGUUGAAGAAUUCCGUAAUGUUGUCAUCCCAUGUUGGUCUGAUUUUGGAGUUGAGAUUUCUGGAAGAUGUGAAAGUCUUGCGAAAUUUCUGCAAUCUGAAACUCAACAACUUCAACAAUCAGGCACGAGAGGUAUCCAAGAAAGUCUCGAAAGUUUAUGCAAGUAAGUAUCAUUUAUCAAAAAAGAAUAUACGAAAAUAUGGUUAUUUGCAGAAGUAUGCAUGAUUAUGAUAAGUGUUUUGUCGAAGAAAAUUUCAGCUACUGUGGAGACUCGGCGGCAAAAUUUUUGACCUACUUGAAUCAUAUUUCUUCAAAGUAAGUUUUACGAAAAAAAAAAAUCUCAAAAAACAAAAAUUAUUUUCAGUAUAUUUAUGGAUUUGCUCGAGCAAAAUUUAAAACUGGAAAAAACACCAAAAAGCUGCUCAAACUGGAUAAAUCAUAGAGUAAGAAACAGACAAGCAGAAAAUAAAUGAACUUUAAGAUACAAUUAUAUGGUUGGCAAGCUGCAAAACAUGAAUAUUUGAACUUGAUCUUGAAGACUUUUGUUUCAGGGAAUGUCGGGUUGGCAGAAGACAAAAACAGCUCAAAGAAAACUGCGAAAUACAGCACAACUCCCAUUUUUUGCUUUUUUGCUUAUAAUUAUACCCUUUAUCACCUAG